AUGAGGGGCCCGACGCUGCCCGUGCUAACGCUCCUGGCCCUCUGGGCGGCCGGACGCGCCAGCGAGUUCCCUGAGCGCGAGUGCUGUGACCCCAUUUACCCGGUGCCAGAGCCCACGAGCAGGAUGCCCACCGUGCCCACGCCGACCGGCAACAACGGUUCUGAAAUCACGUUGGCAACAGAGAAUCUCGUGAAGAAGCUCGAUAUACCUCGUCAACGUUCCAUCAUCCUCGUCCAUGGAAUUGGAGGAUCUGUUACAACUCAGGCACAAGAAUAUCUUAAGCAAAGACCUGUGGAUGUUGUUCUUGAAGCAGAUUUAUAUGGACAGAUCAUUAAGUACAACAUCAUCAAGUAUUCUCCAUCCAUGUUAAUAGCGCAAUGGUCCAUUUUUGGAUGGCUAGUACUUGGGCUUGUCAGUGUGAUAAACAGUUUCGCGUCAGUGGCACUUUACACGUCAACACAGGAGGUAGAGGAUUACCUCGGAAGGGACUGUCAAUGUCAGAUUGGCUCGUUGAUACUCAUCACUGAUGAGCGGUUCCCACCUUGCAAAUGGCCUCUCGCUAGAGUAAUCAACAUUCAUCCAGGCAAGGAUGGGCUGACCAGAGUAGUCACAUUAAAAACAACGUCAAACAUCAUGAUGAUACCAAUACAUGAGUGGCAGUGCUGCCAAUUCCUAACCAAAAGGAAUAAUCGUCAAAUUGGAAUUGCCGGAUCGGGUAAAACAGUGGCAAUAUUGAAUUGUUUAUAUGCGAGAAAGCUCUGCUUUGAGCAUCCAUCCUGCAGUGCAAUCUUGGAAAUUAUCCCGCGAGUUUGUGGACCAGAACUGGUGGCGUGCUCAACAGUGACGAUGACAAAGUGUCAGGCCGCUCUAAGGAGUCUACAGGCAUUCGAAUUUUUCAAGCCAACAUGCCUCUGUAGAGAACCCCAUGUCGACCCAGAGUGCAACAGUUUCCGCGAUUUCCUCUUCGACCAUCCCUGCAUCUAUGUUAUGAAGAAAGAAAAAGAUCCAUAUUCCAUCGAGUGCAAUCAGGCACUGAGUGUUUGUCAGCGUGGCAAGCCUUGCGUGAAACUUUACGAUGAUUUCAAGACGAACUGCAAGACAAGGGAUGGCAAGUGUAGAAUGGAAAAUCGCGACGCAUGUCACGAGGCUUGGACGCAGUUGCGGCUCUCUCCGAUGUUUGGUUGCAUUUGUCCGGACAACGGUGCGAAGAAGCGCUGUGAUAGGAUUUUCUCCAUGGUGAAUCAUAAUCCUUGCGUCGAGUAUCUGCCCUCGUCCGCGUCCGUUGAUCUUUCGGGCACGGACUUGGCCGUCUACCCGUUUGAACCUCACGAGGACACGAACUUCCAAGAGAUCUGGUUACCCCCUACCAGUAUAUAUCCCUAUUUCUUGUUUCCCGGUACGGCCGGGCCCCGCCUCUCCUCAGCAUACUACGAGCUCGACCUCGAUCUCGCCUCGUCCCUUGAGAAGCAGCAGUUACGCCAUUUGCAGCACGGGGAUGGUAUAAUGGCACCCGAUCACAUAGCCGGUAGGCCUAAGAUCUUCCUCUAUCCUCAUUCCGUGCCCCCGGAUCUUCAGGAUUCCUCGUCCGCGAUCAGGGUGUACCAGAACAACCACUGGGAGACCCAGUGGUUACACGUGAGGUCCGAGCCACGACGUUUCCAAUAUCCCACUGCUCCCACCCCUACUUCUCACACGACAUCUUUUACUUCUUCUUUCUCAUCUACAAAAAAAUCCUUGCCAUCUGUGUUUCGUGCAACAUCCACGUAUCCCCUCAAGCAUGAUCGUGAAUCCAUCGGCACUACCUCCACCGAGCACAAAAGCCAGCAUGUCAAUGGCUAUGAUGAGAGCUACAAGCACCGCCACCAUAACCAGCACCGCCACCAUCACAAUCAGCACAACCGCGAUCGGAAUCCGCAACUACGACCCGGUGCACUACCUCAACAACCUGCACUUGCACUACCUCCUGCAUCAUCCACACCCACGACCAUAGACGAAUAUACACUCGAUCACCGCCGGUAUGGAGCAAUAAGCGUUGCCGGUCGCAGGAUAUUCGCCUCGAGGCCGACGUACGAGCACAGCACUACUUACGAACGCGUCAACGAAGAACUCGGCGGGCUGGACGAGCUCAGGAUCGCCCAGCUGCCUCUCGAUCGGCUAUCUGACCUGCGCGAAGCCUUCGACGGCUUUGUCGACUCAGUAAAUGUCAUAUCGAAUGCCGACAAUACAACAAUACAUGAGCUUAUUGAAUCGCAAGUGGAGAAUCCACUUAUAGACGCCGAUCAUCAAGACCUCCAUGCUCUUAAACAGCUUCCCAUUCCGAGCAUUCAUCAUCAUCGUGUUCAUCACAGGCAGAAGAAUCAGUCGCAAGAGGAUCACACCGUGUCCAAUACUUCGUCACUGACAAAUAAUGAGGGAAGUGUCCAGCAGUCGUCGAAAGUGAUCCUUACCAGCACAUGCCAUCAUGCUUACUCCGCCUGCAAAAAUGAUCCUGAAUGUAAGGAUUUACUGCAAUCUGUGCUGAACUACUGCGACCACUCGAAGUGCGCCCGCAAUGAAUGUAUGACAUCUCUUCAGUACUUCUACAAAAUGGCCAACCACAAGUAUUCGAUAGAUAUAGCUUUCUGUUUAUGCAGAAAAUCUGUGCUUAAGCGGGAUGAGUGUAUGUUAGCUCAAGCAAAAAUACAUCCAGUUUGUGCACAACGUUUCCCACUUGGAUUGGAGACACCAAGCUGUGACGCACUGGCAGAAAAUUGUCGUGAAGAUGCCGCCUGCAGGGCGAAGCUGGAGCAUUACGAGCAGAAUUGCUCAGUGGAUAGCGUGACGAAGAAGUGUGCGGGUCCGCCUCAGAGCUGCCGAACGGCUGUGCUGGGGAUCCUGGGCACGGAGCUCCGUUCCAACUGCAUCUGUAAAGGCGCGGACGUGUCGCCGCUUUACGAAUGUCUCGGAUGGCAGCGUCUUCUUUGGGUCAACCUCUGCGUUGUAGAGGCACAAAAGGACUUCCAUGCACGUCGUAAUAAGCAUCACGGUAACGACCAAACGACAGUCACGUCGAUGAUUUUGACGCAGCCGACAUCGAUGAGACAACCAUUAGCAGAAAUAGCGACACCUAGAGCCUCCCUCGUAGCAGCAACGAGCACCGAAUUAAUUGAGGUCGAGGAGCUUGUGUCCGAGGAAGUGGAGCAACUCGAGGAUAACAUAAUACCGGACGUAACACUAAGGGAAACGGGGCAAUCGAGUAUCGGAGACACGACGACGAAGACGAUUUCGGGUCCGAGCCCCCUACCAAGUACGACGAGCUCCAGCCCAUCCACGAUAUCCACUACUACUAUUAUGAGUACACCACCACCACGCUUCUGUGUGGUUCAAAGGCCCCGCCAGUCGCCUCAGUAUAUCCGCGAGGGUAAAGGCAAAAGGCUUUACCGAGAUGACGAGCCGGAGUGCUCCGAGCUUUGCCAGUGCAGCGAGGGCGAAAUCCUCACCUGUAACACGAUCUGCGUAGAGUCGUCGCCCUGCAAAACCGACUUCGCAUUCUACAAUCACGCGGCCCCGGCUUAUCAGGCUUACCGGGGUCGCUGCCUCUGCUACAGUGGCCGCUUCAUAUGCAUGCGGCCCUCCCCCGAUGCGUAUAAUAUUCCACACGGAAUCUUCAUGUUUCUCGGCUACAGUGAAACAGACGAAAAUCUGCUGAAACCUCACAAUAACCUUACAGUAGUGGAUGCUGUAUCUUCUCUCGAUAACUUUAUGCGUGAGGAAGUUAAUAAUCAGACAAUAUGCACACUUUUUCUCUACAACGUCACAAAGGAAAAUGUGAUUGCUGUUGCUCGGCUAAUAACGGAUAAUAAAUCGGCCAGCAAUAUCUCACAGACACAAACAUUACAGUAUCUUCUACGCGUAAAGGAGGAGUGUGAGUCAAUGCUCCAAGAUCUCAGUGACAAGAUUAACAAUCGAUAUCAAGAGGUGCAAACUCACCCGCUCCUCUCAAUUUUCAAAAUGGCCGAAGUUGAGAUAAAGCUGCCGCGCACGAGCGGCGUCUCCGUGCAGCUGCUGUCUUCCGGGUCGUGGUAUGGGAUGGCUUUGGCAGGACUCGCGGCCACCUUCAGUCUCCUCAUCGGGGGCGCGAGUUGCUCGUGACCUUGCUAUCGGC